AACAACAUCCCAAAACCCUAAAAAAUACUCUAAUCGAGCAACCAUGGACUUCUUCGGAGAAUUUCAGAAGAGAGAAAUCGAGGGGAAACCAUAUCUCGUAUACUAAAACGUUAUAAAGCCACAAAUACAAACCCCAAACUCCUCUGAUGAAAAAACCACCAUCGAUAAUCCAUUAUCAAUCCAAAAUUUAAACUCCAUAGCCAUUGAUUCCGGCGACAAUCUCCCUCUUGCACCUCUUUUCAUAUGCCCUGAUUUACGAUAUCGAUUAACAGCGACUGUCGAUAAUAUUACAGUCUCGGGUGAAGAUGGGGGUAUAUUACUUGACCUCUUUUUCAAGCUCAAGACUUCCCCUCUCCAUGGUGACAGUACGUCAUAUUAUCAUGUCGUACUCCCUCUGUUUUGGUGCAACAAUAAAGAAGCUGAUCCAGACAUGGAUUGCGGUUUUUGCGAAGGCGAUAAGGUCGGUACAUGCUAUUAUUACUGUGUCACGUGUGAUGAAAGGUACCACAAAGAAUGUGUUGAGUCUCCACUUGAGAUCACUUAUCCUUCCCACCCUCAACAUUCUCUCCAAAUUUACCUUUCUACAAAACCAUUUGAGCAUUGCAUCUUGUGCUCAAGAAAGGCACAUAAUAUUAUUUAUUAUUGUGAUGUCUGUGAUAUUUACAUGCAUGUGCUUUGUGCUCAGGCGACAAUACCCUUUUUCAUAGACCAACCAAAAAGGCAUGAUCAUACACUCACCCUUUUCCCUAGACAAGCUUCCUUAACCUGCAAUGUUUGUGGUUUAGUUAAUAAACUUCAUCUCACCUACGUCUGCUCCAUAUGCAAUUUUGCAGCCCAUAGUGAUUGUAUCCAUAUCCCACAAACCAUAAGAAUGUCUCGCCACGACCAUCGUAUCUCUUUCACUUCUUCUCUUCCAUUAGGAAUAUGGUCUUGUGGAGUUUGCCGCAAAGAGAUUGAUGGUGAUUAUGGUGCAUAUAUUUGCAAUAUUUGUAGCGGCUACGCUGUUCACACAAGAUGUGCAUUGCGACUCGAUAUAUGGGAUGGCAUUGAUCUCGAAGGAGUACCAGAAGAAGAUGAAGAAGUUGAGCCAUUCGAGAGGAUAUCAGAUGGAAUAAUACUCCAUUUUUCUCAUGGUUGUCAAUUGAAACUUACGACCUAUGAAGUUAACGGCGAAGAAAAGUUUUGUCAAGCGUGUGUCCUUCCAAUCAAUGAGAAGAAUUUGUAUGUAUGUGUGGAAUGUGGCUUCAUCCUACAUGAAACAUGUGCAGAUGCUCCCCGCAAGAAGUUCCAUCCAUUGCAUCCCCAUCCACUUAAACAAAGAGUUGCUACAGCUGACCUUGAACGUGGAUUCUCCUAUCUUGCAUGUAAGCGCCUAAGUAAUAGUUUCAGAUAUGAGUGUGACAAAGAGGGUUGUGACUGCGUUCUUGAUGUAGUAUGUGCUUCGGUUUCUGAGCCGUUUGAUUAUCAAGGUCAUCCACACCCCUUAUUUCUAGCUUUAGACCCCAAAGAAAAGCCAAUUUGCAACAUUUGCAAGUCAACCAAGGUUCAUAAACUAUUGAACUGCAUUGAAGUCGAGUGCAAUUUUGUUAUAUGUUUUACGUGUGCCACCUUACCAUACAUGGUAAGGUAUAAGCAUGAUGAACAUUACCUCACAUUUUGUCGUGGAGAUGAGGCAGGUGGCUCAGACUGGUGUGAGUUAUGCGAAGGAAAAUUAGCAAUUGGAGGAAAAGAAGGGUUCUAUAAGUGCACUUAUUGUUGUACCACGCUUCAUAUUAAUUGCUUGCUUGGUCCAGAUCCAUAUUUGAAGCCUGAUCAAACUAUCCCAACGGAUCAAAUUGAGGUGGUUUUACAACGCAACAAUUCUGCAUCUCGUCAAAUUUGCAGCAAAUGCAAUAUUCGUUGUCCGUAUCCAACAUUUGCAGUAUACACAAAGGAAAUGGUUUCUCAUAUUAGGUGUGCUCUAACAUGUUAACAACCAUUGAGAAAUCCCUUUUAUUUGAAAUUUGAAUUGUAACUAAGUGUAUCUGCACUUUUUUAAUAUGUAAUUUGUUUUUUUGCUUCUUGUUUGUUAAACCUUUUCAUUGUUUACGUUCCUUUUAAUUAUAUAAAACGUUUACUGUAUAUAAAAUGUCGU